AUGACCGGCUCAGGUCUUCAUUCAAGGAGUCUUUCUGACACGAUCGACGUCAAUUACGGCGGUGGAUCAUCAUCAUCAAUAGCCACCACUACUACUACUUCAAAUACCUCAAAAACUAAUUUCAAUAAACCAUUACCUCCAUUAAUACUGUCAGAUACAAACCGAUCAUCAAAGAAAAAGAAAAAAAACUCGGUACGCUUCAAUUUGACCCCAAUAAUCAACGCCCCGGCCCCUCCUCCGAAAGACUCGAAAUAUAAUUUGGGCUCAUCGAGAAGAAGGCUCUUGGAUGAUUUUGAGGAGUUUGAUAUUGAUGGCGAUGAUUUUGAAAGCAAGGACUCUCCUGUGGCAACAGCAACCACACUAAACGAUGAUGAUGAUGAUAAUGGUGGUGGUGAUUUGGGGAACCGUGGUGGUGGUUGGUUACAAUCAAUUCUCCACCCGACAAAAGAUACUCUUGUGAUCUUGGUGUGUAUUGUUGGAUGGUACGUGUUUUCACUUGCGAUCUCGCUCUAUAAUAAAUGGAUGUUUGAUAAAUCCCGACUAAAUUUCCCAUUCCCAAUUAUCUGCACUUCAAUCCAUCAACUAAUUCUCUUUUUCUUGAGUUUACUAUUAAUGGCGAUCGUCCCGAAAUACCGACCUCCAACCAGAUCUCAAGUGCAGUUGGGGAGUACUACUACUACCACUCCCCAAUCAACUGGAGGGAAGUUCAAAUUCACCGAAUAUUUAAUGGAUCUCAGGCUUUACUUGAUCUCGAUUGUCCCGUGUGCGUUGGCCGCCAGUGGGGAUAUCGGUUGUGGUAACGUUAGUUUCCGUUAUAUCACCUUGAGUCUCUACACGAUGAUCAAAUCGUCGUCGAUUGCAUUUGUGUUGAUCUUUGGGGUAUUAUUCAAGCUCGAGAAAUUGACGUGUAACUUGACGAGUAUUGUGGCGAUCAUGAUUGUUGGGGUGUUGAUGAUGGUAGGAGGUUCUUCAGGGGGGCUGGGAAAAGCCAGUGGGAUCAAUUCUGACGUGAUGUUCGGAUCCCUCUUGGUGCUCGUGUCCAGUUGUAUGUCGGGGCUUCGCUGGGCAUUGACCCAAUUAGUAUUGAAACAGAAUCAGUACGUGGCUAACCCGGUAGCGACAAUUUUUUACUUGGCCCCUCCUAUGUUUGCCUCGUUAUUUCUUGUGGGAUCGGUAUUGGAAAACUUGGUGGAAUUCAUCAAUAAUGACCUUUGGCAACAGAAAGGGAUCGUUAAAACUAUUGGAUUAUUGACGAUGCCUGGAUUCUUGGUAUUUUUCAUGUCAUUGUUCGAAUUGAAAUUACUCCAAAAAUCUCAUGUUGUCACCCUAAGCAUUGCCGGAGUUUUCAAAGAAUUGUUGACCAUUGUCGUAUCAACACUUGUAUUUGGUGAUAAAUUGACAAUCAUCAAUUGUUUUGGUUUGGUGGUGACUUUGUUGGAUAUUGUAUGGUACAAUUACUAUCGAUACUCUGAACGGACACAAAGUACAGAAAAAUACCAAAAGGUCGAUAAUGAUGAUAUAGAAUUACGAGAUGUUUGA